AUGUCCAUCGACUCUGUCCAGGCCCAUGGUACUACUAAGGUAUCACUAUCACCCUCUCCAUGUAACCCUGAGGAUAUGUCAACAUAUGAGAAAUACUUUCCUACCGCGGCGGCGGAGAUGUGUAGAAUGCAAUUACUUGGCGUGCAAACAGUGCUCGCAAUUAAAGCCGUACACCAAACAUGGCAGGGCCAGCUCGCAAGCGCACCCAUACUCCUGGCCCCACGACGCCCCCCCCCCCCAAAGCGCUCACGCAAUGCCCGAGUGGAGGAAACCCCAGAUCCAAACUCCACCCAGGAGCCAGACCCCAAAAAGAAAAAGCAGCCUGCUUCAAAACCUACCAUUAAGCCUGAUUACGCACCCAAUCAUCUCCGCAAGUUCAUGCAAAGCUCUAAGUCGAUUGAAGAAUGGAGCGUGCGCGUGCCGCUUUACUGGGCCCAAGUAUUUUUCGUGCGCGCCGGGUUUCUUCAAGCCCCUAUACGCGCCCUCUUUAAGCAACUCUUGCCCGCCGAAGAGUUGUUUGCCAAAGCCGAACUUGAUCUUCUUGGCGACUUCCAGGCUGCGCACGAUAAGGUUUUAAACCAUCUGGUCAAAAAGGUCAAGCAAUACGCCCAAAUCUUCCAGGAAAGCCCCCUCCUGGAACACUAUCUUAAACGACGGUCCCUUGCAGAAACUGCGCAUAGGGUUCGCCCCUCCCCACCUUUGGCGGACGUUACCGCUUUUGGGAUGACGGAGCUCAUUGAAAUCCACACGCCCCUACUGAUAGGCGUGCCCACGGUGAAAGCUCCGCCUAGCCAUAUUGGCUGGCUCGAAGAUGAUACGGAUGAAUACUGGGAAAAGACCCUGCGCGAUAGAUUUUGCGUCGCUGUGGGCAAAGCUCUCCAUCAGUGCGGCACAGACCCCAUCAGCGACCUGGGCGAUAAUUACAUAGCGACUAUCUUCAAGGACAUAACCCCUGCCACCAAUUCCCCCCUUAUAUGGCCUCCGCCAAUUACCUCCACCCCCAUCAAAGACCGUCCACCCGCCUUACUACUGCCAUAUUGCCCCACGGAGAAUUCAUCGCAAAAUAGCGGCUACACGCCAGUUCUCCCCACUCCCCCAUCGCCGCCACAUGGAGGUUUACUCUCCGACUUUGACGACCCUAACUUUGACUUCACUGGCAUCGUGAAAGAUGCGGAGAAUGCUGUUUCGAUGGACGCAGAUAUAUUUGCGCGCCCAGGAAAUCUUGACUCCGCCUGUGAUUACAAUGAAGAAACUCCACUCUCCAAUACCCUCGCCAAGAUAUACGCGCGCUCCAAUAUUUACAUGAAGCAUGAAAUUCAUCAGCGGGUAAUCCUCGACGAGUGCAACCGCAUGGAUACUAUCGCCUACGCUGCCCUACGCCGUAAGGAAUACCUGCUCACUGCUACUCGUAAACAGCACGCUCUUAUUGAGCAGUACAAAAGAAAAAGAGACAAGCUCUGUGAGCUGUACGGAGAAGAACCAUCGCUCCUCGAAAAUUUGUCUAACGCAACGCAAGCCAUGGAAACUGAGAGAGCAUAUACUACGCGCGCGCGCGAUCAGUCCAAACAGCCAGCGCAACAGAUGCAGCAUCACUCCAACCCCUCAUGGCAAAACCACCCCGCCGAAGCUCCUGGCACCGCGCAACAAGCAAUGUCGCCCACCAGCGCCUUCUUCGGCAUUCCUCCUGCGCGCCUACCCACCGAGCAUAUUUUUAAAUCGCGCAAGGUAGCAAAAGCCCCGCCCGCAGAAUCCCACGUGAGCUCGAGAGGUGACAUGGGCUCCCGAUAUCACCACACGGCGAACCCUUCUGCACCCCUUAAAACCAUGAGAAUAACCCCCGAGCGUAAAACGAGUGAGCACGCGCCGUCACCGCUAUCUACGCAAAUGGAUCCUCAAUCGCCCCGCGAAAACAUCACGCGCGCGGGGUCGAGAUAUUGGCCCCCUAAUAUGACCACUGCGUUUCGUGAGCCUUCCAGUGAAGCUUGUAGUGUCAUUGACCUUGAAGCCGAGGAUGUUGUCGAUUCUGGAGCGCCCCUCCCUACCCCCGCGCCCCUCUCUACCCCCGCGCCCCAGACUCCCCGCUAUGGCCCUAGACCGCAGAGCCAGGGCUUCGAGGAUAGGCAUAAAGGGCUCUAUACAAGGCAAACCUCCAGCAGGGCGGUUUUCCCACCUAAGCUUGAAGUGAUAAAUGAGAAUGAGGCAGGCUCCUCCCCCACCGUCCCCGAUACCCCCCAGCACGAGGACGUCAAUACCGAUGCGCGGCGCCCCACCCGAGGCUCAGCAGAAAUAUCACAGAAGACGACAGAUGUCGGCAAUUGGGUGAAUGCAAUCCCCUCGGACGGAGAUGUAGAAGGGGGGGCAGAAAGUCUAGAAGGGGGGGCAGACAAUCUAGAAGGCGGGGCAGAAAAUCUGCCAAAGCAGGAUUCUUGA